AUGGAGAGGUUUGGGCCCUUAAGUGUAAUCUUUGACGCGCAGCCCCGACCCCCAUCAGGAAUGGUAGACAUGAGUGGGCCCUCAUUUGGUAAUUACGACGAGUGUGUGAAUAUUGAAAGUCCCGAUGAAGAAGAUAAACCUAAAAUCUUUGGACAAUACUGUGGAAUGAAUAUCAGGGACAAUAUGGAUACAAGUCCCCAUUCAGUGCCCCGGGAAUAUCUGGAAAACAUUGGUCAGAAGUUGCCCCAAAACACUGCUUUCAAUUACAAAAACUUUUUCAAUCAAUUCUUUGAGAACUACAGGAAAGUUAUCUAUCGUAUGACACCCAAUGAUCUCUCGGAAGGCAUUGAGUUCAUUGAUAACCAGUUGUUUGAUAACAUUAAACUAAUGAACGGACUUUGUUUGCCCACAACUUGUAAGGCUAGCGAUGUGUCCGCAGCCCUCACCGAAUUGUGGCCAUCAGUGCUGUUGUGAUCACGUUUGUGUUGAGCACUUUUAUUGAUUGUCUACCUCCUGGAUCAUUUAUUAAACGAUUAAUAAAAGGGACUUCAAUUGCAUUUGUAGUAAAUUGUUUUGCCGCCAGAAAUAG